GGCUUGGGCGGACGAAGCACCGUGCGCAGGCGCGGAGCUAGACCUCGCCGUAGCCCCCAUCGCCUCGGGGAGUCGCAUCCACAGUGGGUCCGCUAGUCCAUCAGGGCGCUUUCCCUCCUCUACCCUCCCGGGUUCCCCGCGCGCCCUACGCGCCCCGAUGGCGGAGCUGCGGCCUAGCGUCGCCCCCGGCCCCGCCGCGCCCCCGGCCCCUGGCCCUAGUGCCCCUCCGGCCUUUGCCUCCCUCUUUCCCCCGGGACUGCACGCCAUCUACGGAGAGUGCCGCCGCCUUUACCCCGACCAGCCGAACCCGCUCCAGGUCACCGCUAUCGUCAAGUACUGGUUGGGUGGUCCAGACCCGUUGGAUUAUGUUAGCAUGUACAGGAAUAUGGGGAGUCCUUCUGCCAACAUCCCUGAGCACUGGCACUACAUCAGCUUUGGCCUGAGCGAUCUCUAUGGUGACAGCAGAGUUCAUGAGUUUACAGGAACAGAUGGACCAAGUGGUUUUGGCUUUGAAUUGACAUUUCGUCUGAAGAGAGAAACUGGAGAGUCUGCCCCACCAACAUGGCCAGCGGAGCUGAUGCAGGGCCUGGCUCGAUAUGUCUUCCAGUCAGAGAACACCUUCUGUAGCGGGGACCACGUGUCUUGGCACAGCCCUUUGGACAACAGUGAGUCGAGAAUUCAGCACAUGCUGCUGACGGAGGACCCGCAGAUGCAGCCUGUGCAGACCCCGUUCGGGGUGGUUACCUUCCUCCAGAUUGUCGGCGUCUGCACUGAGGAGCUACAUUCAGCCCAGCAGUGGAAUGGGCAAGGCAUCCUGGAACUGCUGAGAACGGUGCCCGUUGCUGGCGGUCCCUGGCUGAUAACUGACAUGCGGAGGGGAGAAACCAUAUUUGAGAUCGAUCCGCACCUGCAACAGGAGAGAGUUGACAAAGGCAUCGAGACAGAUGGUUCUAACCUUAGCGGUGUUAGUGCCAAGUGUGCCUGGGAUGACCUAAGCCGACCUCCUGAGGACGAUGAGGAUAGCCGGAGCAUCUGCAUUGGCACACAGCCCCGGAGGCUCUCUGGCAAAGAUACGGAACAGAUCCGGGAGACCCUGAGGAGAGGACUCGAGAUCAACAGCAAACCUGUCCUUCCACCAAUCAACCCUCAGCGACAUAAUGGCCUCACCCACGACCGCCCUCCGAGCCGCAAAGACAGCUUAGAAAGUGACAGCUCCACGGCCGUUAUCCCCCACGAGCUGAUCCGUACUCGACAACUCGAGAGCGUACAUCUGAAAUUUAACCAGGAAUCAGGGGCCCUCAUUCCUCUCUGCCUAAGGGGCAGACUCCUGCAUGGCCGGCACUUUACCUACAAGAGUAUCACAGGUGACAUGGCCAUCACAUUUGUGUCCACGGGAGUGGAAGGCGCCUUUGCCACUGAGGAACAUCCUUACGCAGCUCAUGGACCCUGGUUACAAAUUCUGUUGACGGAAGAAUUUGUAGAGAAAAUGUUGGAGGACUUGGAAGAUCUGACUUCUCCGGAGGAAUUUAAACUUCCAAAAGAGUACAGCUGGCCUGAAAAGAAGCUCAAAGUCUCCAUCCUCCCCGACGUGGUGUUCGACAGCCCACUGCACUAGCCUGGGCUAGGCCCCACGGGGGCCAACCCAGUGACUUCAGUGUGACAGCAGUGUAAAGGAGACUCGUGUGAAUAAAAGGACAAGGGUGAG